UUAUUUGUUUAUGCAGCUAAAGCUCUGCACGUCCGCCGCGUUUAUCACGAUUAGCGAAUACGGUAGAUUAAAUUGGUGGAUAAACAUCAUCAUGUGAUCCAGCCUGUACAUUUUUCUAGACCAUUUUGAAAGUAAGAGAUUUGUAAUUAAGAUGCCUAGCAAAAAGAUAGCUAUCAUUGGUGCAGGAGCUAGUGGUCUGACUGCCAUCAAAUGUUGCCUGGACGAGGGGUUAGUGCCAGUUUGUUUUGAAAAAACCGAAGUAAUUGGUGGGCUAUGGAACUUCAGAGAAAAUCGUGAUGGUCAAGCAUGUGUCUUCAAAUCCACAAUCAUCAACACAAACAAAGAGAUGAUGUGUUACAGUGAUUUUCCAAUUCCGAAAGAAUUCCCAAAUUUCAUGCAUAACACAUACGUGCAGAAAUAUUUAGAGUUGUAUGCAGAGAAGUUUGACUUGUUGAAGUACGUAUGCUUCCGGUAUGUUGUUGAGCAUGUCACUCAAGGUGAAGACUUCAAGCAGACAGGCCAGUGGAAAGUGAAGUAUAAAAAUUGUGACAAUGACGUCACUUCAACUGAGGUUUUUGAUGGUGUGAUGGUUUGCAACGGUCAUCAUUGUGAUCCUCAUGUUGCCGAGUUUGAAGGCCAGGAGAAAUUUAAGGGGAGAAUCCUGCACACUCAUGACUAUAUUGACUAUCGUGGGUUUGAAGGCAAGAAAAUUGUUAUAGUUGGUGUUGGUAAUUCUGGUGGUGAUGCUGCUGUUGAACUCAGCCGACAUGCUAAACAGGUAUUUCUCAGUACAAGAAGGGGAGCAUGGGUUUUGAAUCGUGUUUCAGACAACGGUCUUCCAGUCGACUUACAGAACAAUACAAGAUUUAAAUCAAUGGCACCAGUUUGGCUGGUUAACAGAAUUAUUGAGAAGCAGCUCAACAUGAGAUUCAACCAUGCCAAUUAUGGCAUUCAACCAGAACACAGGUUUCUGUCACAACAUCCAACAGUCAAUGAUGAUCUUCCCAACAGAAUAAUCGCUGGCUUUGUGAAGAUCAAAAGCAAUAUUAAAUGCAUCAACGAGGCAUCUGUGGAAUUUGAUGAUGGAACGUGUGAGGAUGACAUUGACAUUAUUAUCAUGGCAACUGGUUACACGUACAGUUUUCCAUUCAUCGAUGAAUCAGUCCUACAAGUGGAUGCGAACCAGACAUCGUUGUAUAAGUAUGUUUUGCCGUUUGGAGUGACCCCAUCAACCUUAGCCAUCAUUGGUCUAGCGCAGCCAUUGGGAGCUAUCAUGCCAAUAUCAGAGAUUCAAAGCCGUUGGGCAGUGCUUCUAUUCAAGGGUGCUGUCAAAGCACCCUCGCAAUCUAGAAUGCAAAAGGAAAUUGCUCUGAAGAAAGAGUUGAUGGAGAAACGUUAUGUGAAAUCUCAACGCCACACAAUACAGGUAGAUUGGGUUCCUUACAUGGAUGAGAUUGCCUCAGAAUUUGGUGUGAAGCCAAAUCUAUUUAAGAUCUUUCUUGGGAAUCCCAGGUUUGCUUUAAAGUGUUUGUUUGGGCCAUGCUAUCCAUAUCAGUAUCGACUGAUGGGCCAUGGAAAUUGGGAUGGGGCCAAAGAGGCAAUGGAGACGGCAAUGGAUAGAGUAAUUUACCCCACAAAAACCAGAGUUCUGAAAUCAAAUCAUAAAGUGGAGUCAGUGGCCUUUAACAAAAUGUUAAAGAUACUUGUUGUAGCAGUAAUUAUCGCUGUGGUAAUUAAAUACUCAUUGUAGCAUCACUUUUGCUAAAUUGGUUAGUUCAAUUUCCUGUAGAUGAAAGGAUAAAUGAUUCUAUGAUCAGAAGAUUCCAAACAGUACAGACACUAAAAUAUAUCUUCAAGAUGACUAUCAAACAUACAAUGAGAAAAGCAAAUGUUUCAAAAAUUCUCCAAAAAAAAGAAGUAAAUUAGUACAGUACAUAGUAAUUCAUAUACAUUAUUAUCAAAAUGUAUAUUGAUAUAUAAUUGUAUUUUUAUAAUGUAUGAAUAUUACAGUAACAUUAAGUGAAUACCAGUAAUGGUUAUAUUUUUUAAAUUACCAGUAAAUAUUAUUUUAAUAAUUAUAUUUACAUUUUCAAAUUAUAAAUAUGUGAUUUUUGUGUCUUGUUAUUAAAACAUAUAUAUGUCAA